CAAACACAUUUUACUACAGAGCUCAAUAGCCAGUCACAGAAAGUGUCCAGGAAAUACAAAGACUUUUUUUUUUUAAACCAGACACCAGAGCAAGCUUGCAGAACUAUUGUGACCAUCUGAUUUGGAAUAAUAUAACAGUAGAAGAACACCAUGCUUGGCGGAUUAGCUGGGAUUCUUUUGCUAGCCAACGCUUGCUACUGUCUCCCAUUCUACAACGGAUUCUAUUAUGAUCACAUUCUGAACAACAAAACGGGAAAUGGGAAUGGAGAAGUCAUUCAUUUUAAUGGUGUGAAGCUUGUGGUGAAUACUCCUCAUGAUGCCCUUUUUGGUUACCGCGGUGGCAAUAUUACACUUCCUUGCUCAUUCCAUUAUGAGCCAAAGAUUCACAAAUCGGAGAGAAAAAUCAGAGUCAAAUGGUCCAAACUUCACAAAGAUAACACCAAGGAGAGGGAUGUUCUUGCUGCCAUUGGUUUACGUCACAAGAGUUUUGGUGAAUAUAAAGGUCGUGUUUACUUGCGUCAAAACACUCCAAAUGAGGUGUCCCUCGUAAUAACUGACUUGACACUAGAGGAUUAUGGUAAAUACAGGUGUGAAGUCAUCGAUGGUCUGGAAGAUGAAAGUGGAAUAGUGGAACUGGAGCUGCGUGGAGUUGUAUUCCCUUAUCAACCUCAUCAUGGUAGGUACCAGCUGAAUUUCCACGAUGCGAAACAAUCUUGUGAAGCACAAGACUCCAUGUUGGCUUCCUUUGAGCAGCUGUUCAAGGCCUGGAUGGAUGGUUUGGAUUGGUGCAAUGCUGGCUGGAUAAUGGAUGGCACAGUUCAGUACCCAAUUACUUUGCCGCGUGAACCUUGUGGUGGGAAAAAUAUGGCUCCAGGUGUCAGAAACUAUGGAGAACGUCACAAGAACCUUCACAGAUAUGAUGCUUUCUGCUUCUCGUCUGCUUUAAAAGGAAAAGUUUACUACCUCGAGCAUCCUGAGAAGUUAACUUUUAAAGAGGCCAAAGCAGCUUGUGAAGAGGACGGAGCACACAUUGCAAAGGUUGGACAAUUAUUUGCUGCCUGGAAAUUCAUUGACCUUGACCGCUGUGAUGCUGGAUGGUUGGAUGAUGGCAGUGUCCGAUACCCUAUCGCUUUCCCCCGUCCCAACUGUGGACCUCCCGAACCUGGAGUACGAAGUUUUGGGUUUCCAGCAAGACACAAUAAGUUUGGAGUAUUUUGUUACAAGAUGAGCUAAACGAUUCCCUUCUGAAAGCUUGGACAGUCACUUGGGCAGAAUUUCCUUCCAUUCUAGCAGACUGGUCCUGGUGCACACAGGAAAAUGAGAAGUCUCUGCAGAAAAGUUUUCCCCCAGGAAGGCCAUAAAACAGAAUAUAUGCAAAUAUAAGCUUUGGGGCCAUGUAUCAGGCAGUCAAUUGUCCCCCUGUUGUCUUUUUAUUGUAUGUGUUAUUUCUAAGACAUGGGUUUAAUAUUUUUUUUAAAUUGUUAUAUGUCAUGAUAUUUAUGUUUUCGC